AUGGUUCAAUUCACUGUCUUCAAGGGUUCCAAGGAGGGAAAGAUCGUUAAGGCUACCACCACCAGAGAGGUUGGUGCCAAUGAAGUCUUGGUCAAGAUCACUCACUCGGGUCUUUGCGGUACCGAUGAGCAUUACAGACAUGCCGAUAUGGCUCUAGGCCACGAGGGUGCCGGUGUCGCUGAGCAAGUUGGAUCUGCUGUCAAGAACAUCAAGAAGGGUGAUUCCGUCGGAUGGGGUUACCAACACAACUCUUGCAAUGACUGCAAGCAAUGUCUCACUGGUCACGAGACUCUCUGCGCCGGUCGUGUCAUGUAUGGUGAGGCCAACUUGGACCAAGCAUCCAUGGGAACUCACGCAGUCUGGGAUGCCGGAUUCCUCUUCAAGAUCCCUGACAACCUUGCCCGCGAAUAUGCCGCUCCCCUCAUGUGUGGAGGUGCCACUGUCUACAAUGCUCUCCGCUCCUUCAACGGUGGUGUCAAGCCAAGCGAACGUGUCGGUAUCAUCGGUAUUGGAGGACUUGGUCACUUGGCGAUUCAAUUCGCCGCUAAGAUGGGUUGCGAAGUCGUCGUUUUCUCCUCCACUGACGCUAAGAAAGAGGAGGCUCUUUCCCUUGGUGCCACUGAAUUCGUCGCUACAAAGGGUGUCUCCGAACUCAAGGUCACAGCUCCAAUUGAUCACUUGAUCGUCACCACCUCUUUCCAACCAAACUGGCAUCAAUUCAUGGAGAUCAUGGCUCCUCAAGCUACCAUCUACCCAUUGACCGUCUCAUUCGAAGAUAUGAGCAUCCCAUACAUGCCAAUCAUCUUGAACGAGUUCAAGAUCCAAGGAUCUUUGGUCGCAGCUAGACAAGUCCACAGAGAUAUGUUGGCAUUCGCUGCCCACCACGAGAUCAAGCCAAUCAUUGAGCAAUUCCCAAUGAGCGAGGAAGGUAUCCAAGAGGCCAUGAAGAAACUCGAGGAUGGCAAGAUGAGAUACAGAGGUGUUAUCGUCGCUCCUCAAUAA